GUACCUAACUGAUCAGUUAUUUCAGCCGUAAUUUUUUUAAAUAUCCUUUAAAUCAGCGGAGGUCUAAUAUCUACGAGCCAUACUGUACCAUUCUCUACAUUAUUUUUUACCAUCGUGAUAAACGCACAAAAGCAUCAGCAGCCGUUUAUCCAAGAGACAACAUUCGCACGUGGUCGCUAUAAAGCUAUUAGCCAAUACGGAGGUACUCCUCUGUCAUAUAUGUAUGUAAUGUACUUGUAGGUAUCUCUCUACGCCUCUUAGGCAACACUAUGCAAUACUCAGCUCCUAGACUUUACCAGCAGACUUUCUCUGCCAGUGUGAUGUACCAACUAGCUGAGAUCACCGCAUUAUUGUAGUUAUCGGAACAGGAUGACAAAACUAUGAAAAAGUAAAAUUGUAGGGAUGUGUUUGUGAAAAUGUGUCGCGCAACUCGCGUGGCGGCAGUGCUAGUGUUGUGCGUGGUGGCUAGUGAUGUGCUGGGGGUGUUCACGGGGGUGGUGCGGACGGCGCAGGGGCGGGUGCGGGGGCUGCGCAGUGUCUCCGGACAAAACCGGUUCUACGGGAUCCCGUAUGCUGUUAGCAAGCGGUUUCAGCCCCCUCAAGACCCGCCACCAUGGCAGGGCGUCUUCAACGCCGUGCGGCGCUACUCCGCGUGCGCUCAGAGCAUCUCCCUGCUGACCCUCGGCUCCGAGCAGUGCCUGCACCUGGACGUGUACUCCCCCUCCACCCCGCCCCGCCCCCUCCCCGUGCUCGUCUUCAUACACGGCGGCGCCUACUACUACGGCAUGAAGGCUCAUUACGACCCAGAAUUUCUGGUCACUAAAGGAACUGUUGCUGUGGUUAUAAACUACAGAGUUGGGGCGUUAGGAUUCCUCUGUGUGGACGGGGUCGCGAAUUUGGGGUUGAAAGAUCAAGUGGCAGCGCUGAAGUGGAUAAGGAAGAAUAUAGCAGCGUUUGGUGGUGAUCCUGAUAAUGUCACCAUUAGUGGUCAAAGCGCUGGAGCCAGCGCGGCUGCGAUGCACUUCUUGUCACCUUCUAGCAAGGGGCUGUUCCAUAAAGCUAUCCUUCUCAGCGGGACACCCUUGGCGCCCUGGGCCUUUAAUGUUGAACCGCUAGAGCCAGCGUUGGAAGAUGCCAACAAACUCCGGACAGCGAGGACACCUGAAGAAGUUUUAAGAGUAUUCACUGAAGCUCCACUAAGGGAUUUGCUUCGGGCUACUCGCGAUACAUCGAUCAAUUCAAAGUACUUCAAGUACUCCCCGUGUGUGGAGACCAACUCUUCAGAUCCAUUCUUUCCUGGAACCCCUUACGAGAUCCUGAAGUCUGGCAACUUCAACAAAGUGCCAAUGAUAGUCGGUUCAGCUGACGUGGAAGGGAUGCUAUUCUACGGGCUGCACAACGAGCGAACGUUUAAAGAUUUCGACUCCAAUUUCAUCGAUAAGCUUCCGUCGGUGUUCAGCUGGUGUUCCGAGAAAGACAGGCAGAUGAUUUCAGACAAGAUGCGUCGUCACUACUUCGGUCGGGACCCGAUCACCAGAAAACAGAUCAAGGGGGUGGUGGACUACUAUUCUGAUUGGAUCGCGUACUCCAACAUCCACGCGUUUUCGCAACUGAUGGUGGAAGUAUCAGAGCAGCCGGUCUACAACUAUAUCUUCUCCUAUGAAGGUGGAAGAAACUUCGCCAAGUCCAUAUUCGGAUCUCGCACGGGCAUGAAGGGGGCGUCCCACUCCGACGACAUCUUCUACGUGUUCAAGCCGGCCGGCCUGUCGCUGCUGCUCUCGAAUGAAGAUAAGUUGUUCAUAGACCAACUCACCACCAUGCUGACUAAUUUUAUGAAGACUGGGAACCCAACGCCGUCACCGACCCACCUCCUCCCAGUGUCCUGGCCGCCUGGUACCCACAACAGCAGCUUGUCCCUCCGGCUGGCGCGGCGGCUCUCCGUGACGUCAUACCCGGGGCGGCUGCGGGGGGGGUUCUGGGGGAGCCUGCUGUGCGAGCAUGGCGCGCCGGGGUUCGUGCCGUGUGAGGCAAGGGGCGGUGUGAGGGGAGAGGGGAGCGGUGAUGGAUGUGACCAGUUGGUGACAGAGGUCAGCAGCAGCAAAGCAAAUGAUAUGUAG